UGGUCCUACAUGCACAUAGAAACUCCAUUUUUGAAAACAUUUCGUAGUCGUCCUGAAUUUUCGCUUUUUACGUCAUCGGUUUAACGUGUUUUUGGAUUUUUAAUUGUUCGGUUCGUUUGUCGUGAGAACGCAGCUUUUUUUUAAUGCUUCACCUGGUCGAUGUUGACAUGACUUCAACUGGGAGUAAACACUGACAACACCUGAGUCCUCUCAGCAGCUGAGAUGCCUUCUUAUGAAAAGAAGAAGAAGAAGAAGAAGAAGAAGAACAGUGUACCUGAGAGAUGGUUGGACUACGUUCCUAUAGGACAGAGGAUACCAGGGACUCGGUUCAUCACCUUCAAGGUGCCUUUGAAACCGUCUCUGAACUGCCAGGUCCCAGCAUCAGAAUCCUUCGGUCUCUGGGACCUGCUGGACUGUCUUGAGAGUCAGAACCAGGAGCUGGGUCUGAUCAUCGACCUCACCUUCACCACAAAGUACUACAGACUGACCGACGUCCCACAGUCCUGGUCUUACAUCAAGAUCCUCACUAAGGGUCACCAGGUUCCCUCUGACGCAGCCAUCCUGAGCUUCAAACGGGCAGUGAGACAGUUCCUGAAGGAGAACCAGGACAAUGACAAGCUGAUUGGAGUCCACUGCACCCAUGGCCUGAACCGCACCGGGUACCUGGUCUGCCGAUAUCUCAUAGACGUGGAUGGGAUGGAUCCUCUGAAAGCGGUGGAGCUCUUUAACUCCUGCAGAGGUCAUUGCAUCGAGAGGCAAAACUACCUCAAAGAUCUGCAGCGAGGUACCAAGAGGAGCAACAGCAGCAUCGAAGAGCCAGAGGAGGAGGCGGCCAAAGGGCUAGCCGUGGAGAGGCCGCCACAGACCGCAUCAGCUGGAGGGGAGAGACAACCAUCUGGUGAUGACCCUUCAGAGGAGAGUCAACCAGCUGAUGAGAAGCAACAGCCCGGUAACAGCCGUCGCCGUAGAAGUCGGCACAGAUGUAGAGCAGACCAGAGACCUCCAAAGGGUGGCCCCCUCCCCACAACCCCCUUACUCCCCACACCCCCUUUACUCCCCACACCCCCUUUACUCCCCACACCCCCUUUACUCCCCAAACCCCCUUUACUCCCAACCCCCCCCCCUCUUUCCUAUGUCUGGAGACCCCCCCAUCACCCUCCAGACCCGUCCCUUCCCUCGGUACAGCUCGAGUCAGCAGCAGGAAACAGUCAACGGAGACGAACAAACUUUAACUGAGUCUCUGCACAGUUGAAAAAGUGGUGCAAAUGGGGGGGGGGGGGGGGGGUGUAGAUGUCCAUGUUUAUUUUGAUAAAACUGCUGCUUACAGCUGAUUGGCUCAUCGGCUUCAUGUGGACCCGAUCACUUCUGUUCUGUCUUUGCCAAAACUAAAAGCUGUAAAAACAGCCACAGCAUCUCCACCCCCUGCUGAUCAGCUGAUUAUCAACUGACAGAUUCAGGGUCACACACGUUGAUUCACGUCACACCUGAAUGUCAUUGAGCAUAUUUUCCUGGUCUUUGCUGCUUCCUAACAACCGGCACAUGGUGGACAAAUUAAGCACGAUCAUUUAAAUCAAUGUGUUUGAUGAAAAAUGUCUGGAGCACACCUGAGAAUACACCUGAGAAUCUGGACAAAUCAGAUGUUAAUUCGUUUAACUGGAAUUAAAAUGAUUUUUUCUAAGGAUCAGAA